AUGGGGCGCGGCCGGGCGGCGGUGCUGGCACUGGUACUGCUGUGUUCUGCGGGGCUCUGCGGCACCCAGACCUGCCCAGAGGUGAAGGUGCUGGGACUGGAUGGCAGCGCCGACAAACUCAGCAUCCUCCGAGACUGCCCAGGACUGCCUGGGCCCCCGGGUCCCAAGGGAGAGGCCGGCAUGGCAGGAAGGAACGGGGAACGGGGCCUCUCUGGACCCCCCGGAAAGGCAGGACCCCCUGGGCCCAAAGGUAAGAAAACCCUGAGUGGGGGAACCAAGGGGUCCUUUUUCCAGAGCUGGGCCUGCCCCACAGGCCCGCGGAGCUGCCGCCAGGUGCUGUCCAGGGGACAGGCCCUCAGUGGCUGGUACACCAUCUUCCUGCCCGACUGCCGGCCCCUGGUGGUGCUGUGUGACAUGGACACCGAUGGCGGGGGCUGGACCGUCUUCCAGCGCUGCAUCGACGGCUCCGUGGACUUCUACCGGGAAUGGGCGUCCUACCGGCAGGGCUUCGGCAGCCAGCAGAGCGAGUUCUGGCUGGGCAACGAGAACAUCCACACGCUGACCUCCCAGGGCACCUGGGAGCUGCGAGUGGACCUGGUUGACUUCAAGAACGAGAGCCAGUUUGCCCACUACAGGUCUUUCAAGAUGGGGAGCGAGAGAGAGCACUACAAGCUGAUCCUGGGGCCCUUCCUGCAGGGCAAUGCAGGCGACUCCCUGACUCCACAUCAUGGCCAUAAGUUCUCCACCAAGGACAGGGACAAUGACAAGAGCACCUCGGGCCACUGCGCCAAGGUAUACCAGGGGGCCUGGUGGUACGAAAACUGCCACUGGUCCAACCUCAACGGCCGCUACCUGGGCGGGGAACACGAGAGUUUCGCCAAUGGCAUCAACUGGCAUAAGGGGAAGGGCUUCCACUACAGCUACAAGGCGUCGGAGAUGAAGCUGUGGCCCACCUAG